CGGGCCCGGUAGCUCUAGCCAGGUGUCAGCUGCACCGAGCUCAUGGUACAUUUAGUGAUAAUAUCGUGUAAACUAACUUUUACUGUCAUGGCCAAGAUAAACUGUACCCUUACUUCAUGAUCUGCCCUAAGUUAAGGGGGCGGUCACUGGGGGAUGGCUGUGACACUCGGCAGCUUUCCUUCCUUCCAUCUAAAGGAAGGCAACAGCAGUGGGUAAGAACACACGCGAACGCAACAUGCCUCAAGAUUGUGUUAGAGGCCACUAACUUAAUUAAGAGGGGAGCAAGACGUACCUUCAGCAAGGAGACUUUACUUAAGCGAAUACCAAUCACAAAAUGGCUUCCCAAUUACAAACUGGAGUAUCUGGGAGGCGAUGUGAUGGCUGGCUUCACUGUCGGCCUUACCGUCAUCCCACAAGGCAUAGCUUAUGCUGCUGUUGCCGGCCUUCCUGCUAAUUAUGGUCUGUACCGGCUCAUGGGGUGCUUCGUGUACAUGAUUUUCGGCAGCUGUAAGGACAUCACCAUUGGACCCACAGCUAUUAUGGCCAUCAUGACUCACGAGUUCAGGCAGCGCGGUCCUGAAAAUGCUGUGUUGUUGUGUUUCCUCAGUGGUCUCAUAAUUUUCGCCUCAGGAUUGUGUAACUUGGGUUUUCUUAUCAACUUCAUAUCAAAGCCAGUGAUCUGUGGGUUCACCUCUGCAGCAGCCAUCUCCAUCGCUUCCUCCCAGAUCAAGGGCCUAUUUGGGUUGAAAUAUUCGAGCGAAGGCGUCUUAGAGACUUGGGAAAAGCUUUUUGAAAAUAUUGAAGAUAUGAGAUGGCAAGAUUUGACGCUUGGACUAUGUUGUAUUGUCGUCUUGCUCCUAAUGAGGAAAUUAAAAGACUUGAAAGUUGUGAAAGUGAAGGCAACUGAUGGUAAGGGGAAGAGAAUUUUGAAAAAACUAGCCUUUCUGACAUCUGUGGGUCGUAAUGCCUUAGUUGUGAUUUCGGCCUUAUUAAUCGCCUAUUGUGUUGAUAAUGAUCAGCCCUUCACCCUAACAGGAGAGAUAAAGCCUGGUUUACCAUCAUUCCAGCUGCCACCGUUCUCCAUGACCAUCAACGGCACUUAUUACAGCUUUAGUUACAUGAUGGAGAAUGUUGGAGCCGGUGUUAUUAUAAUCCCCAUGAUUUCUAUCCUGGAGAGCAUUGCCAUUGCCAGUGCUUUUUCUGGUGGCAAGACUAUUGAUGCCACACAGGAAAUGUUUGCCUUAGGAUUAUGCAACUUCCUUGGGUCAUUUCUUCAGUCAAUGCCAGUGACUGGGUCAUUCUCCCGAACUGCUGUUAAUUCCACCAGUGGAGUCAGGACCACAGCAGGAGGCGCCAUAACUGGUGUGCUGGUUAUGUUGGCAUUAGCUUUUCUUACAUCUUCCUUCAAAUACAUUCCUAAGGCAUCCCUCUCUGCUGUCAUAAUCUGUGCUGUGAUAUUCAUGGUGGAGUAUGAAAUGGUCAUUCCAAUUUGGAAGGCAAGACGCAUUGACCAGCUGCCUCUGUGGGGGUCUUUCCUCACCUGUCUCUUUUGGAAGCUUGAGUAUGGCAUCCUGGUGGGGGUGCUCAUCAACCUGUCUAUCCUCCUCUAUGGUAUUGCACGACCAAAAGUUGAUGUUAAUGUUACCAAGAUACAGGAUGGAGAUGAACCCGCUUAUGUGCUGGUGGAGCCCCAUAGUGGUCUCUUCUUCCCAUCAGUGGACUACUUGAGAGCAGAAGUGAGCAAAGCAGGACUAAUCACAGCCCAAGGAAAUAUGAUGGUGGUUGUGGACUGUAGUCACUUUACUGCAGUAGAUUUCACAGCAGUAAAGGGGAUCAAGUCUCUUUGUUUGGACUUUGAGAAACGGCAACAAACUUUGGUCUUCACAAAUGUUACGUCAGGUGUGAAAAAAGGACUGUUGUCCCUUAAUGCAGACAUCAAGAUUGCCUCGUCACCGUUGGAGCUGCACAGUUUUCUAAAAUCAACAUAUCCAGCUGCAGCAAUCAGCAGUAAUGCAAGUGAACGCAGCACUGUAGCGGUGAGACAAGGUGAUGCAGAGGACCGAGACUUGACCAACCCAUUACUGGAAUCAUCUGUUGUACCUCAGCCCAUAAUCAUCAGCCAGUAGGAUAUGAUUUAAUUAUCUCCCUCACAUUCACUGGUUUUAAAGAUGAUGAUGUUGGAGUUAUUAUUCCAGCUACAUAAAGAGUGAGAUCCUUUGUGACAGUGUGUGUGUGCAUGUGUGUGUGUGCAUGUGUGUGUGUGUGUGUUAUGAUUACUGAUGAGAUAGUUUCACAUGGUGCCAUUAAAUAUUACAAACACUGUGUCAGUUUUGAAUAAUGAUUUGUUGUUUUGUACAGAACUCUAUGAUUGCUUUUGUUGUCACCUGUUUUCCUGUAGCAAAAUAGUAUAUAGAGUGUAGUGCAAGAGAGGGUUCACUGUGCUGAUGGAUCACCACGCCGCAAGUUGGAGGUUGGUGACAUUAUUGUUAUUAUAUCUGUAUCUUUAUCUAGAUAUUUAUUAUUUAAAAACUGAAUGAUUACAGUGGACAUGUAGAAUGUGAGGGACAUAUAUUUUGGGAUCAGGGAAAUGUAUUUAAAUAAUUUUUAUUAGGGGGUCUCUGGUUUAUGAACGGGUUCCUUUCCUGAGGACGUUCUUAAGUCAGAUUUGUACAGAACAAUGUUUGAAAUCCCACCAUAUCAUAGCCUAAGUCCUUAUAUCCAUCUAAAAUCACUUAAUUUAAGACAAAAGAAGAAAUAGAAUGACAAAAUACAGUAAAUAAAAGGAAAAAAUAAGUCAUCAGGUAAAUAAAACACUGUAAAUUUCAAGUUUAACCCCGUUCGUAUCGGCAGGUGCUCGUAAGUCGGAUGUUCAUAAGUCUGGGAUCCCCUGUAUAUAUUUUUGUGAUUAACUGGCAGAAACUAAAUGAAAAAGAACUCUUGCUCAAAAUAUUCCUGUUUGUUGAUCUUUCACUGGAAAUAACUUGGUAAAUUAUUCAGUAAACUUUACAACUAUAUAUAUUCUAGUUUAAUAUAAGGUGACUUAACAAGAGAGAACGAGAACAGUAAUAAACAAAGAAAAAGGUAAUAUUACUAAUAAAAUUAUACUACUACAACUAGCAUCAGUUAUAAAAUACUAAUUUGUUAUAUACGGUAGAUGGCCAAAGGAUGCGAACCCUGAUCACUAGAGGUGAAAGUUGUUCUCAUUACAAGGUUUUACUAACCUCAGAAGACAGUAGUGCACAAUCUCAAGUCUUGUCUUGUCUGAAGCAGGAUCUAUGCAUUUUAAGUUAUUCUUAUAUGAUACUUAUAUGUGAUAUGUGCAGCAUGCAAUAUAACACUAUAUUUUUUAUUGUAGUACUGUAUUUAUUCAUGAAGUGUGAAUCAUCACUUAAGUUUUUGGGUCUUGACUAAGUACACAGAUUUUUGUGACCAUUUUAAGUUACUGUAUACUGAAGUACAUUCCCAAUAUUUCUCAAAGUUUAUAGAUGAACCACGCCAUCAAAUGUGCUAUACUAUUAAAGUUAUAAAUGGACAAAGGUACUGCUCGCUGCCUCUUCUAUUGUACACUUAAAUGUGUGUAUUUUAACACAUGAUGAAGAGUCAGGGAUAAAUUAUUGAAUCACAUGGUUUAAAUAAAUGGACAAUAUGAUGACUGAUAUACGAGUCUCAGGAAGAUGGAGGAGUGUCAUCCCUUCCUUUCCAUACAUUAUUACCGAAAGAAAUGCCUUUUCAUUAUACAGUAUACUCUAUGCUGCCAAAAUGAACAUAGUUGGCAUUGCUGAUCUUAUAACUGUAUUUUUCUGACUCUUGAUACUUUACUCUUGAUUUCAGUGUUAUAAACUGAAUUAAAGAUUCAUGAAUUUCUUAUCUUUGAGUACUGUAUUAACUGAAUAUUUAUGUUAAAUGUGAUUUCUAUGAAAUUAUGAGAAUAUAAAGAAAUUAAUUAAUUAACAAUGUAUUAUAUUAUUUACAGUAAUUGGUAAUUAAGUUUAUCAUUGUACUGUAUAUUAUUAUGCUCGUCUUUAUGUAGAAUCAUAUUUAUUGGAAUGAGAAGACUGUAAACCCACUUACUGCAACAUAGAGCAGGCACUGAUUGGAGUUAUUACGAAACUCACGGUAAAUAUCAUAACAAAUCUUGUUGAAACAAUUCAUGCUUGGAAAUUUUCCAAUCAUCAUAAAGUUAGGCACAAUUACAGUACCUGUACAUAUUUUGGGAUGCUGUAGUAAGUUAGGAGCAUUAGGAUGUUCUAGUGCUGUUAAAGGCAUUAGUAAUAUAUUCUAACUGAACUGUUUAUAGAAAUUUUUGAUAGUACAUGUACAGUGUAUAUGAAAAUCCUCAUUAUAACAGCUGGAUUUUUUUUUAUUGGGAGUAUUUAAUUUUCUUGUUUCUUGCAAAGUUAUAUUUAGAAGUCAAAGAAUACAAAUUUAUAUUUUAAGAAUAAGUUGUCUCUUGACCACUAACGUACUAAUAUACAGGCAUACCCCUAUAACCAAUGCCUACAGGGGUUGGGAAAAGUCGUUGGUUAGCGAAACAAUUAACCCCAUAAAAACAUAAAGUCAGGCGGUUAGGGGCCGGCCACCCUCCAAAAUCUCCUAUCGAUCCUUGAUAUAUCUCUAUACUGCACACUGUCAAACAAGAAAGUAAAGCAGACAUAUAAAGCAAUCACCACUCUUAUUAGGCCUUAUUACAUCACAUCAGUUGCCAAGCACAAGAGGAACUAUCAGUGGGGUGUUUAGGCAUGAUUGAGUAACACACUAAGUCAGAAAUAACAAAAGACACAAACUCAGAGGAACAUAAUACUGUAAACAAGAGCAAAGACUGCAGGAAUGAGUCAGAGGCAGAGCCCUCUGGUGGUAAUAUUUUGCACAACACCGUCUCUGCCGAUCAUCAGAUCUCCGGGGUAUCAAUGAAACUUGCGGGGUAUUUCCCCUACAAUGACCCCUCGAUUGACGAACUCAAUCCGUUCCAGAAGGUCGUUCGUUAACCGAAACCAUUGUUUCAAUGGGUUUUUGGGUAAUUGGUUCCAGCUCACCGAAAAUUUCCUAAAUUCAACUAAAAUGGUAGAAAAGUU